UCUUGAUGGUUUUCGAUUCGUGGUCAUCUCGGUGUUCAUUCAACUGCCCUCGAGUUUGGCCAUUUACCGGGGUAAAGGUGUGGAAAAGCGGCCAUUAACACAUAUCUCAGGGUGCAUUUUUAUCAAUACUCGCAACAUCCCGCCCAUUGAGAUUAUCCUCUCUUGGGCUCCGACAAUACUUCAGCCCGUCCAACCAAGAGAGAACAAGAAUAGCCAAGUCUUCACUCUGGCAAGAUGGAUCCAGUCACAGCCGCAGGGCUGGCCAUCAGCGUCGCCUCAAUAGGAUUGCAGGUGUAUACCGGAUGUGUUCAAGGCAUCCAGCUGCUCAUCACGGCCUUGAACAUGCCAGAGGACUGCAAGUACCUCAACCUGCGGCUACGGAUGGAGCAGCAGAGACUCUUUGCAUGGAGUGAAACAUCGGGCUUGGUUGACCUUGACGGCAACAACCAGAAAAGGAUCCUCGAGUCCAACACCUUCAUCCUCCAUCGGCAAACUGUCCUUGACCUGCUGGUCCAGGUCGAGUGCCUGUUCAAGGAGUUCAAAGAACACCAAAAGAAGAACAAGUGUCUCCAGGUUGCUUCUGAUCCCGACAAUGUUCUGUUGAACCCUGAACGCGAUGCCGCCGAGGCAAACUUUCCCUUGCCUGAACGAAGGAGAAACUUCAUCAAAAAAGCCAUGGCAAGUCUCCGUGACACUUCCAAAGAGGUGACAACGAGGCUAAAGUGGGUAUCCUUCGACAAAGUAGCCUUUGAGCUGUUGCUCUCGCGCUUUUCCGCCUUGAACGACAACAUGACCAAUAUUCUCGACGCUCGCAUGCAAGUCGAGAUCCAUCAUACCGUCCAGGACACCAACAGAGGGGUCCUUCAGCUGCAUCAUAAGAUCGCAGAUCUCUCAAGGCUCGUCAUGGCACUAAACGUCAAACUCGAAGCCAACUCUCCUACGACUCCCAUCUCGCAAAUGUCGGCAGAGCAAAGGCGAGCCAAUGCUCAGGGGCUGCAGCUGCUUUCCCAGCUAGCCAAGUUCAAGGCCUUCAACGAGUCUAUCGAGCCUGAAAAGAAAUCCACCCCCACUCCCUGGGAUGAAGCGACGGCCAUGUUCCUUGAACUAGGCAAGCCAAACACACAAAAAGACCUCUUCCUCGACCGCUCCAUGAUACGGCUCGAUUCCGAUAACGAAGACUCGGACUUGCCAAGAUGUGAAGCGACUCUCCAACUGCCAGGCGGUGCUCAGAAGAAGGUCUGGAUAGAGUGGAAGGAUUAUGAUCGUCAACGACCAGAUGAUCUCUCACCACCCAAGGAAGUCAUUUUCGAACGAGUCAGGAAGCUGGCGGCGCUUCUGAACCACACACCCAAGCCAGAAGAGUUCCGAACCCCCCACUGUCUCGGCUUCUUUGACAAAGCGGCUGGCAUCAACGGCGCGGAAGAUGACGAUGAUAUCCGCAACAUGCGAUUGGGUCUGGUGUUUGAGAGGCCACAAGAAGACGACCUACAUACGUCUCUGCCACCAGUAUCGCUUCAUGAUCUGCUGGAGACAAGCCGCAAGCCUCGCGUUACGGAUCGAAUCAGGCUUGCCCAUGCCAUCAGCAACUGUCUUUUUUACCUUCAUGCGGUGAACUGGCUGCACAAAGGGCUUCGCAGCCAAAAUAUCAUCUUCUUCCGAACCAGCAGCGGUCAUGUCGACUAUUCCAAACCAUUUCUCUCUGGUUUUGACUUUUCGAGGCCCGCUCGUGCUGACGAGGAGACGGAUAUCCCCGAUGACGCCGAACACAACCUGUAUCGCCACCCUCUUGCCCAGUCGACAGAUCCAGAAGACCGCGAACGGUUCAAAAGAAGCUUUGACAUCUACAGCUUGGGGGUUGUUCUUGUCGAAAUAGCUCACUGGGCAACCAUCGACACGGUCCUCGACAUCAAUAUCAACGAGGCCAGAGUAAGGCCCUCGAUUGCACUAAAGGUGCGUGAUAACCUGCUUGCUGAGGAUAGCAUUGCCGAGCUUGGGGCUACCAUGGGAGAGAUAUAUGAGCAUGCUGCUCGCAAGUGCAUUGCUGGUGGCCAGGAGCUGGGUCUAUCAGAAGGCGAUGAGGAAACCAACGACGCAGUCGCCGCCCGACUCUCGAUGGUGCUCCACGAAGAUGUCGUCAAGCGACUAGGCGAUAUCCAUGUGUAAAAAAGAGUUCUCAGAGGCGUGAGGCGACGCAAAUAAAAGCCACAAGUUCUUGAUGCACCGACCUUUUGAGCAAAACACCGAAUCAACAAAAAAUUCCAAGACAAAUGCGCGACGAUUUACAUAGUGGCCAUCGGCACUUUUAUACUCGCAGAGGGAGAUGUCUAUACCAAGCCACGAAUGCCGAUUGUCCAAUAGACGACCUGAAAAUAUCUCGGCAUUUGGUUUCCUAGUAGCGUCCCAAGAAGUAGUAUGUUGGUGGCGUAGAGCACUUGGAGAACUUCAAGUAGCUGAUGAUGUUCCAAAGCGCACUCCACAAACCACACAUUAUAGAAUCCGCAAAAAGUAGACCUGGAAACGUGAAAGAAAGGAAAACAGUCCCGUAUGUGGGUAAGCGGGUCUUUUCUUAAGUGGAAAUUUGACAUUGCAAAUGCGAGGAAUGCUGAAAUUCUUCCUGCC